GGCUGUUUAAACAAGAGUUGAGGGAAAAUACUCAUGUGUUGCACCGAAAGUGUUUUAAGGUGUGGAUCCGAGCGCUAGGACGCAGUCAAAUAGGGGGUCUAACUAGUCACCGAGGGAGGAGGAGGGGGCGCGAGCCCAACACAUCUGUAAGCGGAGCCCACGUUCAUUAAUUAAAUGGCUUCAGUCCGGGUAGGCCUCCAUUUACGCUGCUGAGUAGCAGCCGGCGGGUGGUGCAACCCUAGAUGCCCGAUUGGCAGCUCAUAAUCAGAGGGGGAAGGAAAUAACUAGAGGCCGAGGAGGAGUCUGUAGAGGCGGCGUGCAGUGAAAGGAAUGGGGUUGCAAAGUGGCUGUGCCCCCUGUGCCAACAAGGGCAGUCUGACCGAUCUUCCUUGUCUCUACAUCUCACUGAGCAACACAGCGUACUUCCAUCGUGUGUGGAAAGACUGCUGGACAUUGUAAGUUUGGCUGUUUUAAAACGGGCUGCCAGUGGAGAAGAGUGCAAAGGGGUUCCACAGCCCACAGAUGCUGAAUUUUCACAACUGAUGUCCACUGCAGAGACCCAUUCAGAUCCCUGCCAAUCUGCAGAGUGUUCAGACACUAGCCAGACACUUGGAGACAAAGAGAUGGAGGAAGAGAGAUUAAUGGAACAGGAGGGAGGUGAAGCCGAGGAGGGAAACCUACUCCCAGAAGCCAAACUACAUAGUGCAAUUGAAAACUCUGAAUCACCAGGCACAAGUGAAAAGUCGGUGGGUAAAAACGGUGUGCCAGCUGAAAAAAGCACCAGGUCGUUUAAAUGCAGUGCCUGCCUGGAAAGUUUCCCCAAUAGGACUGCCUUGAGCGUUCAUUAUACGUCUGCAUCCCACAUUAAGAGGAUGACGACGGGCAGCGAAGCCUGUGCCCAGUCUCCCUCAGCUGCAAGUCUGCCUCGGCCGUAUAUAUCCAACAAGCCCUACCAGUGUGCUGUGUGUCGGGUCUCCUACAAUCACUCCAUCACCCUUGAGAGCCAUAUGAAAUCUGUUCUGCACCAGACCCGGAGUAGAAACGCUGGCAUUGUUUCAAACGGUGCAGUAACCGCAGCUGGUUUGAGAGGUAGCGGCGCUAGCGCUCCAAACCCUGCAGUCUCAACCUCUGAGAGCAAAGGCAGCUCUCUGGGGACCUCCAGCAACUGUGCAGCGCCUGGGACAGUGAUGAGUGGCGCAAAAGAUGGAGAACAGAUUACAGGUCCACAAGUGGCGCCCUCCCUCCUUACUGCCCCGGUGGCCUCGGCUCAAGCGGUCUCCGCCUUUCUCACCCUGCUCACAUCCGCCCCCAGCCCCCUGUCGCAUUCCAUCCUCCCGUCCCUGUUUGCUGCAGGUGCAGCUCCUGGUGCCGCUGCUCCUCAGCUCAUGCCUCAGCCUCACAUGGUCAUGCCUCUCAUCUUAAAUGGGCUCCAGGCCCAAACUCAGCAGCAUCAAGAGAACCAGCAAGGUCAGCUCCUUACCCAGUGCGUCCCAUUCGUAGGCCUCACCCCAGCCCAGCAGGCCCUUCUAACCCAAAGACUGAACAGCUUGCAGAACCAGUGGCCCUCGUCAGUUGUUCCUGCUCACAUGCAGCCCUCUCAGGAAGAGCAAGGCCAAGAGAGGCAGAGCGGCGACAAAAAAUGCUCAGAUCAGAUCAAGAACGGAGACAGCGGUACUUUAGAGAAUGCGAAGGGAGAGGGACCUGAAGGAGAAAAUGUUGAGGGAUCCGCAGAGGGUGCAGAUAAAGAAGCCCAAGAGAAGAGCAUCGCUGAUGAGAAUGGCGUGAAAGAACAUCAGCAUAGCAGAACAGAUGGAAACUGCUCUACAGAUCAGCCUGGCUUGAAAGGUGAUGAGGAAGCUUGCCUGAAGCAUUCCCCGGCAGGCUCAGGCAAGGACCUCCGCAUUAGUUUGUCGCCUUUAGCAUCUGUGACCAGCAAUUCCAGCCUCAGUCCCAUGAACUUAAAUCUUACACUUAGCCCUGAUUCCACCCCUCAAAAGUCUCAGUCAGGCACUACCCCCUGUGCCUCAUCUAAGUCCAGCCCUAAAAGAAACGACUUAACCUGCAAACCUGCUCUUCACUGUAACGCUGUAGAAAUCAAUCAUUUGGACCUUCCUGUACUAUCAGAGUUCCAGUCUGAGGUUCUCUGGGCAUUCUUUGAGUCCCGUACCGAAGCGGAUGCUGCGAGUCCUCCCUGCGAGGACUGCGAAGCACUAGGUAGAGAGGUGGGGCUUUCAGAGGAGGAGGUCCGGAGGUGGUUGAGCCAUGCCCGCCAUACAAAGCAGAGACGGCGUGCAGAGCUGAAACAAGCAGAGGGGUUUGCGAGACACAGUCAAGGGUCUGACGAUGACUAUGAUGAUGAGGAAAACUCCCUGAUAAUCGCAGAGGGUGAUGAUGACGCUGAGGCUACAAGCAGUCAGGUCAUGGAUUUGUCCGGCAACAGAGGGAAGCGCACCAGGAAGGCGGGAAGGGAAGGCCGCGGGGAAUCCGGUCUUACGUCCGACUCAGAAGCCGAAGUUUACACUUCAGUCAUCGUUUCUGAUGAGGAGAGCCAAAACGAAUCGCUGCGGGAAGGUGCUGAGAGUCCUGCUAAAGAAGAAGCACAGCGAGAGGUACACGGCGACAAGGGCACAGCUGGAGGGAAAGUACUGCGCUCUACCACAGUCUUUCUCUCUGAUGCGGAGGACGAGUAUGAGGAUGAUGAGGCUGGAGGAGCUCAGAGGGCUAAGAAGAAAAAGCGCAAAGGGGAUUUUGAGCGGGAGGAGGUUGAGGCAAAGAAAGACAGACAGGACCCAGAUUUGGAUCUUGAAUUGGAAGCUCAAGGAGAUCCUCCAAGUUCGCAACCUGCGGGGAUUGACCACUCUGCUGCUCUACACUCUCUCCCUUUGUCCAUUGCUCCUUUUUCUACACAGCUCCUUAGCCCUUAUGUUCUAUCUCUCUCUCCUUCGAUGGCAGGCAAUGGAAACAAAAUCUCACUCUUUCCUAAUCCCCCAACCAUUAGCCGCUUCCCAGGCUCGUUACUCUCUCAGACUCUCUCCUCCCACCAAACGUCUCACUACCUGUCCAACGGGGACGACUGCGAGUCUGCGCUGGAUCUCAGCAUGGGGAAAAACAACUCCAAAUAUGCGUCUUCCUCCUCGUCUCCCGCCGAUAGAUUGUCUGUGCAGAAGGGACAGCUGCUGGACGGGCUUGGCCUCCGGCCCACGUCCAAAGGCCUGGUGGUGGUCCAGGUUAAACAAGAGCCCGGUACCGUUGUGCCGCCGUCCAAUAGCCCGAUAAACCUUGUGAACUGCAGCAACAUGUCAAAGUCUCACCUCUACAUGAGAGCAGACGACACAUCAAAGAUGGACAGAGAGAAGGAGUCGGAGCUUCCUGAGAGGAAGUCCAAAGGCAAACGGUACCGGGACAUGCGGCGCUCAAGGACCAUCAUUCAAGCCGAACAGCUCGACAUAUUAUACGGCUGCUACUUUAAAGACCCAAACCCUGGGAAGCAUGAGUUUGAACAGAUUUCAGAGUGGGUCCAUCUUCCAAAGAAGGUUGUUCAGAUCUGGUUCCAGAACAUGAGGGCAAGGGAAAGGAAAGGUGAGGUGCGGUUCAUCAGCGAUGGCACCCUGGCUGCUGUCGGAAAACCUCUUAUCAAGUUCACCUGGCCUCUUUCCAAACCCAUAUUUUCUCAUAAGGCUGCUACCAAUAACUCUGGGGGCAUCACCGCUACCCCAAUUGUCCGGACUCUGAUAAAGACGGAGAAAGAGCCGGAGAAGGAGCUGGCAAAGGCAACUUUAGUGAAGAAGGUGAUCCCUGUUCCCAUCAAGCCCAAGGACGUAGCUUCCCCCACUGCAGGGUCCCCUGUGAGCAGCAGCGUUACUGCAGUGCCAAAGAUCAAGCUGGAAGCCAGCAGCAAUGUCAGUAUGGUGAAAGUCUUGCCCAAAGCCCCUACCCCUGUCCUCUUAUCCCCACCCAGGGAGCCGGUUCCCAUCGCCCCACGGCCUCUUCAAAAACAGCAAGAGGAGAGCGAUGACGAAAAAACCGACGAGGAAAAAGAGGACGAAAAUGAAACGAUGAUCAGACCGGGGAUGGCUAACCGCAUGGUGCCGAAGCUGGCCACGACUCCCAUCAACAACCGGCCUCCAGCCUCCACUCUAGUGCCACAAAAGCAAAAUGGACUCAAUUACUGGACCCCAAAAGUCCCAAUUAAAAUCAAUACGCUGUCUAGAGAACAACUGGCACUUCCCUCACACACGCCGCCCCGCACCAUCCCCCCUCCUCCCACCCCCAGCAUCGCACCGGUCAGCCCAAACUUAUCCGGCUCCGCAAAGGCGGCCAGCCCCUCCACUCCCAUCAUGGCCAAGUCCAGCCCCACAGAAAACAUGAUUCUGUCACCUUCAUCCAGCCGCAGGCCACGCACCCACCUGUCCUGUCUGCAGCUGGCCAUCUUACAGUCGUGUUACGAAACCUGCGCCCACCCCAACGCCAUGGAGUGCGAGGCGAUCGGCACAGAGCUCAACCUGCCGCUCAAGGUGGUGCAGAUCUGGUUUCAGAAUACCAGAGCCAAGGAGAAGCGAUGGAGACUGCAGCAAGAGAAAAUGUAUCCCCUGUCGGAUGGGAAGGUGGACACCAGCUCCGGAAGCUACCUUCACUACAGCGCCCUGAAAGCCAACCGGCCCAUCCUGCCCAAACCCGUUCAGCUGACCAUCACCGAACCCACGGCCUCUCCGGCGCCGGGCCAGCCGGCUCCAAAGGAGACCCUGACGGGCCACUGCGACGCCUGCAACGUGUCCUUCGAGUCGCGGGCUGCCGCCAGGGCCCACGUCUUCUCCCCACGCCAUCUGGCCACUUUGAGAACCACUAACUUUGGCCAGCCAACGGCUCUGGUCAACAAGAACAGCUCGCAGGUUUCUGCGUCCGCUCCCGUGACCAGCCCAGCAGCCGAGGGGGAGAUAGUCAUCGAGCUGCCCCCCUCCUCAGCCACCAGCAACAGUUAGAGACUCAGAUCAGGAAUGGUCUGCACAUUGACAAUUGUUGGAGCCAUUUGGGCUCCUCAGAUUUUAUUACACAUAUGAGCACUAACCCUCUAAAGGUAAUCUUUCGCUACAACACCCCCCCCCUGCUACUCUAUGCUCGACCGUCACUCAGCCUGAUGACAUAAACUGAGCAGACUCCACCCAUGCUGCUUGUCACUUUUAUCAGCUGAUUCUGAUGAGCGUGAUGACCCUACAAAGUUCUCCUCCACCUUAUCACACUUACCGCAACAAUUUUUCACCCCCAAAAAUCAUACUGACUAACUUCCUAUAAUUUGUAAAGGCACUCAAAUCGCAAAGCUUGACACGUUCUGUCCUACAGACUGAGGCAAGUGUUCCUGCUUUUUGGCAGCGGCCACACAUCGCCCAGAAAUACUGUUUUUGGGAUGAGAACAUGAAACACACAAAUAACUGGCUGUUAGUUUUUGUUUUGUUUUGUUUCUUUUUUUUCCCUCCUCCUCUCACUUCCUGGGCAAAGCUUCUUAUGAUAUGAGACUGAGCUGAGCUGUUGGGAGAUGAGGACAACCUGGUAAUAACCAGCUUUUUGGUUGCUUCAGGAGUGCUUUCUCUUUCAUUUGGGAUAUAACAGAGGUACUAUGGAAAGAGUAGGGCUUGUAAAGGUGUCUGCAAUUACAUCAUAGUUUCAUGACAAUCUUAAAAAUGGCUAAAAAAAAAGGGUUUUAAGAAAAUAGAAUCCGUGGCAUACCGCACUUUGACAUUUAACAUUGAGAUGUUUUUAAAGCAUUCUGAUGCAGGUGUCUUUUUAUGGGAAGAUAAAUUGAUGCAUGUUGGAUGCCUUAAUAUAAAUCACAUUAGAUUUUUUUUUUCUUUUUGGCUAAUCAACUGUAACAUGCUUGAGGUGUGAGCCCAAUUAUUAUAAAAAUUAAAAAUGAUUUGGAUGCAUCAUUGAAGAGCUUUUUUUUUUUACACCCAUUCCCAGGGAGCCGUCUCUGAAUGUCGUCAUCGAUGUUCAAUCCCGUUAAGUAAACCUGACGGCAUUUUCAUGGCCAAGAAUCUUAAUUUAUUUUUAGUUUUUUUUUUCCUCUCAUGAAAUUCUCUAGUUUCUGUGAAUUUUAAAUCCUCCCCUAUGUUUGUGUGUCAUUAUUUUUCGGAAUGUGGCUCCUCAGACUUGCUUGGGAAAUCUAAAUAUUUGACACCCUCCUCCUGGUGCGUUAAAUCAUGGCAGCCUUAAAAGGAAAUCCCAAAAGGAGGUCUUUGUAAAUUGAUUUAAUCUCUAUUUGGCACUAAGACUCGGACUGAUUUCCCAAUAUUUCUUUUUUUUUUUUAUACUGUAAGGGUUGCUUUUUUUUGUACUCAUUUUAUUCACUUGUGUGUUUGUAAAACGACGGGAAGCAAUUACAACUGGUAAAUGUUUUUAUCUAGGUCAAAAGCCAAUCCAGUCAGAUUGAGAAAGCAGGCAUGUUUCCCCCCUCCCUCCCUUUUCAUUGGGGUUUCAAAGCAGUAAAUGACUCCGGUCAUGUAUGUGCUGUUAGAUGGGAUGUUAAAACUCUUGAAACCACACCAAGGGAGACACUGGGGUAUUAUUAGUAUCAUCCAGUGGCUGAUGGGUACUCUAAUCUAAGCAAGUAAAUUAGGAAGCAGAAAACGUGUUCACUGAGAGCUAAAUAAGAUGGUGCUGUGUUGAAGGACACAAACUAAAGAUGUUUUCCUUCGGUUUAAGCUGUAUAUUAAUGUUACUAUUAAUAGUUUUAACAAAAUGCAAAACUAAAACAUGAUCUUUUGUAAAGAAAUAUAUAAAAAAAAAUUAACUGAUAUUCCAAAGUAAUCCUCACUUUGCUUUCUGUCAUUCAGAAACCAAAAAGCAAUCUUUAGGUCGACAGAGAGCAAGAGAGGUCCUAAUGCAAACUGUAAGAAGAAGAAAAAAAAAAAAAAAGACAUCCCAGACUUGACACUUGCACUAGUCCACCAUUUUUGCACAAGCUACAGAGAUCCGGGAU